ACUUGACAAGAGGCGGGGCUGUGAAGUCAGACAGGUGUACGGAAUCGAACAGGCACAGAAACGCUUCGUCUAUCAAUACUACACGAAAAGUCCUAGUUAUCUUUGUACACUAAUGUAGAAGCCUACACGCUGUUCACCAUGCUAUAGUUCUUUAAUUUGGCGUUUCCUAUUUUGUGCAUAGCUAUAGCGGAACAUACACAUAGUCUACCUGGGACUUUGUCACUACAACGGAGGUGUUGAAGAAGUUCCAGCACCUGGGAGUUUGGAUCGAAGGCUACCUUCCUACCUCGAGGUGGAUGGGAUGCACACCGUCCGAUGAGGAUUCCUGCUGGAUUUGAAAACUUAAAUGAUUUGUUUUAAAAAAAUAAAUAAAAAUGCCUCCACUGACGCUGUGUUAACGUGACCCAACUUUCUAUCAUCGUUAAGUCUCGCCGUAUUUCGAUUCACGUCUGAAGAUGAGGAUUCCUACGUCGGGCCAAGGGAGCGCACUGCUCACUCUGCUGUCGGCUAUUGGGGUGCUGGUGGUCUCGGAGUCGGGCUUUGUGGAGCCCCCCGAGCCGGUCUUCGCUCUGCUCUCGCUGGCGGAGGACAAGACCCGGUUGCCGUGUCGCUACGUGGUGGAGGCGGGCGAGAAGGUGGUGCAGGUCACGUGGUACAAGGAGCUGACGGACGGCUCCAGGGAGCCGACGGACGGCUCCAGGGAGCAGAUCAUCACCGCCCACUUCUCCGAGGGACACACGGAGUUCGGCCGCUACUCCGGCAGGGUGAGGUUCGAGCACGGCGUCCCCACGGAGGACUCGGCGCUCCUCAUCCCCCACACGGAAGAGUCAGACGAGGGGAGCUACACCUGCAGGGUCACCACCUUCCCGUCGGGGAACUUUGAGCGGAGCGUCGCCCUCACGGUCUGGGUCCUGCCCAUCUCGUCCCUGGAGCCCGUGGCGCUGGUGGAGGGCGAGCCCUACGGGGUGGCGGCGUCGUGCCGUGCCGUGGGCCGCCCCGCCCCCACCCUCUCCUGGGACACGGAGCUGCCGGGGAAGCCCCUGGGCCGCGCCUCGGAGGGGGGGGCCGUCUCCAGCCACUUCUCGCUGCACCCGCUGCGCAGCAUGAACGGCCAGCGGCUGGACUGCCUGGUGGCGCACCCUGCCCUGAAGCAGCCCCGCAGGCACGCCCACCGCCUGCUGGUGCAAUACCCCCCCGACGCUGCGAUCUCCAGCGGGGUGAAGGAGUGGGUUGACGGGGCGCAGAACGCCGAGUUGACCUGCAGCAGCGGAGGGAACCCCGAGCCGGGGAACGUCACCUGGACACGGAAGGGCGGGGCUUUGCCAGACGGCGUGACGGUAAUUGGUGGAAAACUAGUUUUCGGGCGACCCAUCAGAAUGAACGACAGCGGCACCUACGAGUGUGUGACCAAGAACACUGUGGGAGCGGCCACAACAGAAAUCACUCUGGAUAUAGCAGGGCAAUCGAGGCAGAGCGAGGAGGAGGGCAAACACAACCUGAUGCUGACCAUCGUGGGCGCGGCGGCCGGCGGCCUGGUUCUGGUGAUGGUGCUGGUCAUCCUGCUGGUCAACCACCACCACCGCCGCAAGAACAGGAAGCUGGCGCUGGAGCUGAACGAGAGGACCGAGGAAAUGAACACCCUCUCCAGAACCGCGUCGGGCCGACGGCUGAACAGUCCCGACGACUACGCUCUGCUUAGAGUCGACAGCCGAAUCAAGAGCAGCCAAGCGUCUCUGCAGGACCGUCCGAUCUACAAGGGCAGCCAGUCCACCCUGGGCGGCAGGUGGGGCCCGGGCCCCGACGUGGAGGUGGACGAGCUGGGCCGGCCCGUGCUCUGGUCCGACAGCCGGGACGGGCUCAGGAGGACGGAGGCGGACGGGGAGAAGGAGGAGCGGCGGCGCAGGGUGGAGUCGUACCUGAAGAACAGCAACAUGUCGCUGGACUCUGGCCUGCCGUCCUCCCUGGUCCCCAUGAAGCCCCCGCCGGACGACGGCCUGGGCCCCAGAGAGCAGGAGCCCGGCAGCCCCGCGGGGGAGGCCGGCACGCCCAUGGAGCCGGACUGGGAGCCCCACCAGGCGACGCCCGAGGGGGAGGAGGAGGGGGAGGAGGGGGAGCAGGGGGAGGAGGGCGACAGCAGCAGCAGCAGCUUCCAGAUCUCCGAGGCGCUCACCAACCACUUCUACUACAGCAACGGCGUGCUCCGCCCCAAGCCACACUCCAACGCCAUCCUACUGCACCCCCGGGGCCAGGUCAUCUAGAGGCGCGGCUCCUCUGGUCGCCACGACGACGAUGGGCCCCCUCGAGGUCUGGUGGGUCAGGGCCGGCUGGUGGCCUGAGGAACUGAACGAUUCCUUUUGUUCCCAAGACUGUAAAUCCAGCGGCGAUUAUUAGUGUAUGAAAACGUGAAACCCUACCAUUGCCCAAAAUGGGCAUUAUGGACGAGCAAUAGCCGAGUGUGGGCAAGCAUCAGGCAGGGUCUUUGUUGGUCGCUGCUUCUUUCAGCUUUAAGUAAUGAACCGUUUUGACUGUGUGAUGAAACUGAACUACGAGGUCUGAAAUUCAACAGCAACUGGAGCCUAUAAUCCCUGUGCACUCAUCAAUUUAA